CUCUGUUCUGUUUGGGUCCUCAAAUUUUGUGUUAGUCCUUUUGUGCUCUUUCCCCCCAAUAGCAAAAGAAUCCUAGAGAGAGAAAUCUAUAGAGAGAGAAGCAUGUCGGACGAAGAACACCAUUUUGAGUCAAAGGCAGAUGCAGGUGCCUCAAAAACUUACCCACAGCAAGCUGGAACCAUCCGUAAGAAUGGUUACAUCGUUAUCAAAGGCCGUCCCUGCAAGGUUGUUGAGGUCUCCACUUCAAAAACUGGAAAGCAUGGACAUGCUAAAUGUCACUUUGUGGCAAUUGACAUUUUCAAUGGAAAAAAACUCGAAGAUAUUGUUCCGUCCUCCCACAAUUGUGACGUGCCACAUGUCAACCGUACUGACUAUCAGCUGAUUGACAUCUCUGAAGAUGGUUUUGUCUCUCUUCUUACUGAAAGUGGAAACACCAAGGAUGACCUCCGACUUCCCACCGAUGAAAAUCUGCUGAAGCAGGUUAAAGAUGGGUUCCAGGAAGGAAAGGAUCUUGUGGUGUCUGUUAUGUCUGCAAUGGGAGAAGAACAGAUUAAUGCCGUUAAGGAUAUUGGUACCAAGAAUUAGUUAUUUCGCGGCAGCAUAAAAUCACUGCCAAAGCCUUAAAGACAUUAUUAUAUCCUAAUGUGGUACUUUGAUAUUACUAGAUUAUAAAUGUUGUUUGCACUGUUGAAAACAAAAGAAAGAAAAAUGCUGCUAUGGCUAGAGAAAGUAUUGGCUUUGAGCUUUUGACAGCACAGUUGAAGUGAAAUCCUACUUUUAUUUAUAAAAUACUGCUGCUUUUAUGUUUUGCAUAA